AUGGUUUUCCAAGUCAACGUUCCUGUUGGAGAAGCCAAGGAAGGAGAAACAGCUCCAAGACGAAACUACAAAGUUAAGGACGGUGCAGUUUCGCGUCCUAAAGGCUACGAAUGUACGACUGUUUAUGAGUUUUUUAAUGAAGCUCUCAAAAAACACGGAGCAAACAACAGAAUUCAGGCAUGGAGAGAUCUUGUUGACGUUCAUUACGAGACCAAACAGCUCAAAAAGGUUGUCAAUGGAGAGGAAACUUUGGUUGACAAGGAGUGGACUUACUACGAGCUGUCCGAUUACAAAUACAUUACCCAGGGAGAACUUAGCGAGAUCGUUUCGGACCUUGGUAAAGGUCUGGUGAAAAUCGGACUGGAGCCAGCAAAAACCGACAAACUGCAUCUAUUUGCCGCCACAAGUGCUAAGUGGAUGAGAGGAUUCCUUGCUGCCCAGACUCAGGCUAUUCCUGUGGUCACUGCCUACGACACCUUGGGUGAAGACGGAUUGACCCAUUCCAUCUUGGAAACUGAAAGUAAUGCCAUUUACACCGACAAUGACCUUUUAAUCAAGCUGGUCAACCCUCUCAAGAAGGCCACUAGUAUCAGGUACAUCAUCCAUACUGAGCCAAUUGAUCCCAAGGACAAGCGUGGUAACGGAAGACUUUAUCAAAAUGCAAAGAACGCCGUUGCCAAGAUUUUGGAAGUCAGACCCGACAUCAAAAUUUACUCUUACGAUGAGGUGCUGAAGCUUGGAAAGGAGGCUCAGGACAUUCCACACCACCCUCCAAAACAAGACGAUCUAUGUUGCAUCAUGUACACCUCCGGUUCUACAGGUAAUCCAAAGGGUGUUGUUUUGUCCCACGCCAACGUGGUUGCUGGUCUUGGUGGUGUUUCUGUUUCGAUUGACGACAAGACUGUUCGUUCUGACGAUGUCUUGAUCACCUUUUUGCCUCUUGCCCAUAUUUUCGAACUCGCUUUCGAGCUGGUUUCGUUCUACUGGGGUUCCACAUCCGGAUAUGCCAAUGUCAAGACUCUUACAAACGCCUCGACCAGAAACUGUGACGGUGACAUCAAGACCUUAAAGCCAACCAUCAUGGUCGGUGUCACUGCCAUCUGGGAGACCGUCAAGAAGGGUAUUUAUGCUCAGAUCCAAAAGCAGCCAUCGGCAAUGCAAAAAGUUUUCUGGGGAGCUUACCACGCAAAGCUCGCAUGCAAGAAGUACUCCAUUCCUGGUGUUCCUGCUCUUCUUGACACUUUGGUGUUCAAGAAGAUCAAGGAGGCAACUGGAGGCAGAUUAAGACUUCUCCUGAACGGUGGCUCGCAGCUUUCUUUGCCUACUCAAAUUUUCAUCCACACAACUAUUGCAACUAUGCUUCUUGGAUAUGGAUUGACUGAGACUGUUGCCAAUACCACCAUCACUGAUCCGGAGCACUUUGAGUUCGGAGGCGCUGCUCUAGUUGGAUCGAUCACAGUCAAGCUGAUUGACGUUCCCGAAGCUGGUUAUUACGCCAAGAACAACCAAGGUGAGGUUCUCAUUUCUGGAGCCCCUGUUACUUCAGGAUACUUCAAGAACGACAAGGAGACCCAGGAAGCGUUUGCUUACGAGAAGGGCUGGUUCUCCACUGGUGACAUUGGUGAGUGGACUUCUUCUGGACAGUUGAAGCUGAUCGACAGAAAGAAGAACCUUGUCAAGACCCAGAACGGAGAGUACAUUGCUCUUGAAAAGCUCGAGGCCGUUUACAGGUCCAACGCUUUGGUGAACAACAUUUGCUGUUACGCUGACGAGAACAAGGUCAAGCCUAUUGCAAUUGUCAAUCCAAACGAGAAGCCAUUGAAGGACCUGAGCGUGAAGCUCGGAAUCAGCAAAGCCGGCGAGGAGAUCCAUCUCUCGGACAUUAUCACCAACACUAAACUCGCCAGGGAAGUUGCCAAAAGCUUGGUCGAGACCGGUAAGGCUCAGAACCUGGCUGGAAUCGAGCUUAUCCAAGCUGCUGUUCUUGUCGACGAAGAAUGGACCCCAGAAAGUGGAUUUGUCACUAGUGCUCAGAAGUUGAAAAGAAAGGCUAUUCUUGAGAGUGUGAAGUCCAGAGUUGAUGAAGCUUACGCCUCCAGUUAA